GGAGUCUCUAGCGAGGGGCGUGGCUUGCUUCAACGCGGAAGACAAACACGAAGCUGUAAAGUCUGACAAACACAGCGAAGCGAGUGAUCAAGUUAUCCCAAUUUUUCUACAAGACUUGAAAUCGCCGGUCGUCUCAAAAAAGCAACGACAACAAAAAACAACAAGCAAACAUCAGAAUGUGGCCGAAUCAAGGACCUCCCCCUCCAAUGGGUCCAUUAAACCCUGCCUACCCUCCUGGUUACAACCCUGCUUAUCCUUCUGCACUUCCAGCAGGAGUUUUUCCCCAAGCCCCAAAUCCUAUGUACCCACAAGGCCAAUAUCCUGCUAGCAUGACUCCAGGUAUGCUCCCAGUACCACCUCCAGGGGCAAUGCCCUAUCAACCACCAGGACCUCAUCCGUAUCCUGUACCUCCAGCUGGGUAUCCAGUAGUACCACCUGCUGGUGUUGCUUACCCAGGUCCAGGUCAAUAUCCACAUUCUCCAAAGGGAGGUUGCCACAAAGGCUAUAAAGGCCAGUGCAAAGGGUGUCAUGGAGGGCACAGUAGUGUUGGUGGAGCUUUAAUCAGGGGAAUGGCAGCAGCAGCUGGAAUGGGGCUGGUUGGACAUAAAGCCCACAAAAAGGUCAAGAAAAUGCACAAGAAAGCACAUAAGAUGCACAAGCAUGGGCACCACAAACAUGGUCACAAGUCCUCAAGCAGCAGCAGCAGUGACUGAGGCUCUGAGUCCAAAUGGACAACCAGUCUAACAAUACCUACAAAGGUCAAUGUUAUAUGAUUUUAAGAGGUCUGUUUUCUUUCCAAGGGCAGGAUUAUGUUAUGUUGUGUAAGGGCUAAUUAAAACACUAGAUAUAGUUGAAGCUGUUGCUGAAAGCACAACUAGGCCUUGACCCUUUACUAUUACUUAACCAUGUAAAAUAAAGUUUUUUGGUUUAUGGUGUU